AUGGCUUUCUCCACUCUCAUCUUCCUCAUUAGGUUCUAUUCCUCGUCUCUUUCACGACCAAACUGGUACGGGGAAAUUCGACCAUUAAAAGACGGGGGAAAGGGUGGAAGCUUUGGCAUCGCAUGGUCGUUCAAAGGAGCGAACUUCACUCAAAGUCCACCCAGUUCUUGUACCAGUUCGGAGGGCGGAGGCGAAGCAAUGAAACGUAGUCCAGAGGCUGGUACAACAGUCCCUAAUCAUCUACUAUCCUUAACCUUCCAUCACUCUAUCUUCUUCCUUUCGUUCCGUCCUAUCAAGACUUUUGACAAAGAGACUCCAGGCACCAUCACCAACAUCCCUGUAUCCUUCAGGAAUGAAAGACCACCCUUACCAAGUCGGGUCCUUACACGUCGCUCAAUUAUACAGAGUGCCACAAGGAAGAGUUUUCAAGAUCAUGGAACUUACAUCAUCCCUGCGAACCAUCAUCUUCAAGACAACCCUUGUCAAUUGCUAAAUCGAAGACUUUUUCCUCUCAACAAGUUGUGUUCGAAACUUCCGACAUUGGAGAAACUUCGUGACUUGGAGAUAGUUAGAGUUGUUGUGAUUUCACUGUGCGAUGAUUACAGUUUGCCGGUUGAUUUCGUGAAUAAGAGGCGUCCAGUUAGUGCAGCGGCUGCUACUUCCACUGUCCAAUGGUCCUUGCCAAGUCCUACAAUCGAUAAAACGGAUGUCGAGGUUGUAGAGCAGUAUAGUGAUCCCAGAGAUAGCAAAAGUAAAUCUUAUGUUGACCCGGGCGCUGAAUCACCGUUGCCGGCGAUUUACAGUAAAGUAAAUCGAAACUACAGUCGACCCUAUACAGAUCCCUCAGCAUCUGGGUCGUCCUGUGAAGAUGACGAGAUAGGAAGAUUGUCAAGCAACAGAGCCCGAACUUUGAAAAACUUUACAGCUUCAAUUAAAGGGAAAUUUGAAAAAGAUACACACAAAACAAAUGACGGUGUGAUAGUCGACUGUGUUGCAUUAGUUCACGUUCCUGAAUCUCCAACAGAGCCGUCACAUGUUCGUCAUCCCUCUCCCUACUACUACGGCGAUCUCUUCAAAGUGCCAGAUGUACCCCGUCCGCAGAACAAAUAUCGUAAAAGUCUGAGCCUCGAUGUUCCUGAAGAACACUCAAAGACGCCAGGUCUCCACAAACGAAAUUCUGUAACUGGUGAUGGAAAUGGAUCUCCCUCCGCUGUCCAAGGUCAGUCUCAGAAUCAGAACCAGAACCAGGAUCUAGUUAGUCCGACUUCCGGAAGCGAGCAUGCCAUCCAGAGGAGCGAAAUUCUCUCUGGUAGCAUCAUCACUGAGUGGGACAAGUCUCUCAUGCCAUCAACUCGGCUCCUGAGCAAUGACCCUGCGACCAACGUCUGCACUUGCAAUCCUUCGAAUGAAGAUGAUGAGCUAGAGACGAAGAAGCCGCAGGUUGCGCGGCAGAAGGUCCGGAAGCUUCGCAAACCGCGGAAGAUUGAUCCUCAGCCGAUUCUCGUUGAGGACGAGGACGACGAGGAAGGGGAAGUUGAAGACGAAGAAGAAGAGAUGGCAAGACAGCGCCACCUUUAUGAGACAGCGUUCGAUUGCAAAAUCAGCAGAUCGGAUGAUGAUCUCGAUGACCUUGAUCGGGUGAUCAAUCAUCCUAUUCUACAUUCACAGAUGCGAACAAGUAGUACCGCUCCACUAUCGAGAGCGAGUUCGUCAACAGAAUCGUCCAAGCAUCAGCAAGCCUUGCAACAGCAAGUUCCUACAACCAAGGAUCAUCGCCGAAAGGUAGUGAUCCUGCGCCCAAAACCGAUCCCAAGUCGGCUUCAUCAGCAAUCCGACAAUAUCUCGAGCCUCUCCCAGGAAAUUGAUUCCCUCCAAAUGAAUUCGAGUGACGAAAAGACUGGAUCGCCAAGAUUACCAACUCGAGGCUACAACCCAUCGCCGCCGUCCACGGCGCCUUUGCCUGCAAAGUUCCACGGGAACCGGGAUAAUUUGCUACUUAAUAUACGUAGUGCACCCAAUCUGCCUUCUCAGCCAGAUCAUCCAAGACUAAAGGACAUGAGACUGCCCGUGAAGUCCCUGAGAGCAAAGGACUCUCCCCAGAGUAGCGAGAGCAGUAUUCUUGAAAUCAAGGGACGACCAAAGAGCUUCGUUUCGGAAUCCACCGAAUGCCAAGCGCGCCGUUUUGACAAGGACCUGAUUCUUGAAUUCAAAGGCAGGCCCAGAGAGGAGAGACAACGUCCACGAAGUCUGAUCCGCGAGAGCAGACCCAUCAUGGAGUUCAAAGGAAGGCCGCAUGAAGCGGAAGGUGAUGUUCCCAAACCUAGGAGGGAGCACUGUCUACUGGACUUCAAGCUACGCAACAACAGAAGAAGACCUGGAUACUCGAGCACUGAAAGUAUGGCUACGAGUAGCAGCGGUGGGAGUAUGGAGUCACUCAGAAGCAGUACAAGUGAGGGAAACAGGUCCACUUCGAGUUCGGAGAGUCAUCACAGCACCAGUUUGAGUUCUCACAGUUCUGACAGUGGCACUACCAACUGCUUCCAUCAUCAUCACCAUCAUCAGCAGCCAAUUCUCUCCGGAUUCCUCACGCAUCACUCGAACAAACUUCAUAUCCUCUCGCCCAUUUCUGACAAAUCCUCGCAGGAACCGGCUUCUGAGACUUCGGACAACAAUCGCAACAACAAUUCCCAGAAAGCCUCGCCCGAGGAAGUUACAGAGAAUCUGACUACAGUUAAUACAAACACAAAUGCGACAACGCCGACAGAUACGUCUUUCAAGAAGCGACGAGUGCCGCAGAACAAGAAUCUCAUCAAUUUGGCGCUGCAGUCGUCAUCGUCGGGUGAUGCGGAAAUCCAGGGAUCGGAUAGUGGGAUCUCGAUAGAGUCCAGGGCUGGAAUCAAGUGCAAACCUUUUGGAUUCCAUGUGCCGAAACCGCAGUUGGAUAAUCUCAAUCUGAAUAAUGUUGAUAAUGAGGCCGAGUUGUCGGACUUGCCGUUCGAUAUGCCGAAGCUUCGGAGGAGGAGGUUGCUCAUGCAGCAAGAUGCUACGACUUCCGGAAGUGCCACCAGCGUUGAUUUGAGAGACCUGCCGUUUGAUAUGCCGAAGCUCAGGAGAAGGUUGAGAUGCACCCAGAGCACGGAGUCCAGUGCAUCCCAGGCGUCUUCGAGUCUCUCUGUUCGGGAUUUGGAACCGCCUUCUGCCUUCGGCGGCGGCUUGGCGAGACCGAAGAUGACUUUGAAUCUGGAUGGUGGAAAUGGGGUCGGAAAUGCUUCUGGAACAGGAGAGGCCAACCAACUUGGGCCGAAGAAACCUGCCGGCUUGAGCCUAGGACUUCCUCUGGAGCUUUCAGCGUCCCGAGUAGCUGCGGACCUCGUUGACGUAGACCUUCCUUUAGAGAGACAAGGAUGGUACCAUGGAUCUAUAACUCGAAUCGAAGCUGAAGCUGUUCUCCGACUUUUACGGGAAGGGAGUUACCUCGUCAGAAAUAGUGAAUCUACAAAGCAAGAUUAUUCGCUCUCGUUAAAGAGCGCCCGAGGUUUCAUGCACAUGCGCAUACAGAAACACGAAGACAUAAAGGCCUUCAUUUUGGGCCAGUUUAGCAAACCAUUCGACACAAUACCGGAAAUGGUUCGGCAUUUCAGCGUCAACCGUCUUCCAAUUCGAGGCGCUGAACACAUGUGUCUUCUGCAUCCCGUCAUCGCCCAGCUUUUGUAGCGCAACUAUCGCAGCGCCCUCUAAAGGCGCUCAUUUCCCUAUUUUCCCAUUUUUUUCCCCCAAAAAUCAGCGAAGUUCCAAAAAAAAGGCAAAAAAAUCACCUCUAAAUUUGCCCACCCGAUUCUACCGUUUCCGAUUGACGAGAAAUGCCGCGAAUUUUUUUUUGCCAACCGCGCCACUUCCGGUUAAUGAUGGAAGCCAAUCCGGAUUGGUGUCACAUGGCCUGGGCAAUAGGACAAUAAUUUAAUGGAUCCAAUCUUGCUAAUCGGCAUUGUCGUCAGCAGCAUUUUUCAUUUUUUCGGAUGGAGAAGUUACGGAUUUUUAAGGUAAAGCCUAGUCUCACCUGUGAUCUGUUAUUCCAUUGUAACCCGUAUCUGUUGGUCAGUGCGUGCAAUAUCUGUAUCGUAAUUAUUUUUUAAUGAUAAGGAAAGAGAACGUUCUUGUAAAAGGGCCGUUUCUGGAUAGAAAUUCCUGCUCUGAAAUUUUGCGUAAACAGCUUCAAGGUUAUUUACCAUUUCGAUGAAGCAUUUUGCGUAAACAACUUCAAGGUUAUUUCUUAUUUGGAUUGAGCAUUUUGCGUAAACAACUGAUUUUGCGUAAACAGCUCAAGGAUAUUUAUCAUAUUGAUCAAGCAUUUUUCGCAAACAGCUUUAAGGAUAUUAAUAAUUUCGAUCACGCAUUUUGCGUAACACACUUCAAGGUUAUUUAUCAUUUCGAUAAAGCAUUCCCCGUAAACAGCUUCAAGGCCAUUUAUCAUUUCCAAUAGACCGGCAAGCUAGAAAUUAUUAAACAAAAUUGAAAUUCUUACAUUUUAAUCAUUAAUAAUUGAGAACUUUCAAUUAACCAUCUUUUUACAAUUUUUCGUAAACAGCUUCAAGGUUAUUAAUCAUUUCGAUGAAUCGUUUUACGUAAAUUUCUUGAAGGUUAUUUGUCAUUUUGAUUAAUCAUUUCGCGUAAAUAUUUUCAAGGUUAUAUUUUAUAGAGUAUUUAAUGGACCGGAAAGCCGGAAAUGAUUGAAAAAUUCGAAAUUGUUAAAUUUUAAUCAUUGAUAUUUGAGAUUUUUCAAUUAAUCAUGUUUUUUUUUCAAGUUUUGUAUAAACAGCUAGUUUUGCGUAAACUGCUUCAAGUUUAUUUAUAAUUUCGAUUAAGCAUUUUGCUUAAACAAUUUCAAUUUUAUAUUU